AUGCUGAUUUGUAAGCAUUGUAAAAGAAACGAACUAUUGGAAUAUCUUGAAUGUAAUAAUUGCGGAGAAUACAUUCACAUCGAUUGCCUUAAAAGCUCUAAUGUGACAGAUAUGUUAUUAGGAGAUGUAUUUUUUAUUUUCAUUUGUAAAGAUUGCAACGUCAGUCUGGAUGAAAGUUGUUAUGGCUACUUUCACUGUGAUCAACAUAUUAAAAAAUUUGUUAACACAAAUUGGAAAAUAUUAUUCCCUCAUAUGAAAACCAAAAGAAAAAGUUGGAAGCAAAUGAUUACUACUACUUUAAAGUCAUUCACACCUGAAUAUUUCCUUUGCGGUGAUGGUCUUUUUGAAUUUCCCUCUGGUUUAACUGGAUGGUAUAAAUUGGCAAAGCCCGACAUGCUUCCAAAUUGUGCACUCUUAGAUCGAAAAGGAAAAAAAAAGAAAAGAAAAUUAAAAUCAGAACAUGAAACCCUUGAUGAUUUUGGGGAAGAAUCUACUUGCUCCGAUAAUAAUACCCAAGAAUCAGAUCAAGCUCGAUUGUCUACGUUAAAUUUUUUUUCCUACGAUAAUUCAUCAAUUCAAGAAAAUAUGUAUUCCAGGUCUUAUGUGAAACCAACACCCUCACUUUCAGAGUAUUUGUUUGCAGAAGAUGAUAAAGCAGAUGAUAUUGAUAUAGAAGUAACCAGUGUAGAGUCUGAUUUAGAUUUAAAAAAUCAAAAUUUUUCCAUGCUUCAAAAUUGUGGAAUCAAGAUUGAGCCCAGUAUUAAUGAAGGAAGUAAUUUAGAUUCUCAAUGGAGCAAUAAAUUUGACUUGGAAAAUGAUUUUCGAUAUUCAUGCAAAAGCCUUUUUACUAAAAAUGAAUUCUCUAAUUGUAAACCUUGGCAAAAAAGUUUUAUGGUUUCAGGAAAAUAUGCAUCCGUUAAUGAAUUUAAAGAAGAUAACAUUGUUCUUAAUUUAUCUAAAAAAUUACACAAUACGUCCAAAAUGUCUGUAGCUGAUAUACGUUUACUCAGAAAACUUAAACUAAGAAGACUGAAAAGAGAAAAAAAUUUAAAUAUUUUUGAUAUAAACUCGGUAUUAAAACGGUCAUGGUCGCUAUCAAAACCUACUGUUGAAUAUAGAGUUCUUGAUAGGUACUUACACCAAACAGUAUUGAAUAGUAAUGAUGGAGAAAAGUUUGAAUCAUUUAAAACAAGAUUGUUGGGAAGCUCAGAACAAUAUGAAUGUUUUGUUAGUCCUUUUACUCAGAGAGUUUUAAAACCAUUUAUUAGACGGGAUUAUGAAAGUGUACCAAUUUGGUUAAAACUUAUGGAUGAAUUAUUAAAAAAAGUUGAUCCCAAUAGUUUAAAAUCUUCUCCUCGAAUUCCUAUAGACUAUACUUAUGUUAGACCACAACACAUACCAGCUAUUAAUAGUUUAGCCCAAAGAUAUUUUUGGCCAGGAAUAAAUUUAUCCGAAUGUCUUCAAUACCCAGAUUUCAGUUGUGUUGUACUUUACAAAAAGCUUAUAGUUGGUUUUGCAUUUCUCGUACCUGAUGUUAGUGUGAACGAAGCGUAUGUCUCAUUUAUUUUUACUAGACCCGAAUGGAGGAAAGCUGGAAUUGGUUCUUUUAUGCUUUAUCAUUUGAUUCAGACAUGCAUGGGCCGUGACAUAACUCUUCACGUUUCUGCUACAAAUCCGGCUAUAUUUCUAUAUCAAAAGUUUGGUUUUAAAAUGGAAGAAUUUAUACAAGAUUUUUAUGAAAAAUAUUUACCCGGAGGUUCUAGAGAAUGUAAACAUGCCUUUUUUCUUAGACUUAGUAGAUGA